AUUAGUUUUUAUGGAGUGACUCUUGAGGAUGCUACCACCCAACUUGCUAAUGUGUUUACACAUGUUCAAAAUCUGAUUUUUGAUACUUGCUACGAACCACCACAGAUGCCCUGCCUGAUGCAUAACCCAUGCAAGUUUUCCCAGCUGAGGCAUUUAAAAGUGAUGCUGCUAUUUGAAAACGAUGUUGACACUCCGCAUUUGGUCUCCUUUCUGACAUCCUCUCCUUUCCUCGAAACACUAGAGAUGGAUUUUAUUGUUUCUCCUUCCCUAUACACGGGACACGUGCCUAUGAAGGGACUUAUGGAGGGUCCAUAUAAAUAUCUGAAGAAUGUGUGCAUGACAGCAUUCCGAGGAUCCAAAGGCCAGCUUGAAUUUCUUUUGCACAUAGUGGGAAAUGCCCCUGCUUUGGGAAUUUUAAAUAUUGACCAUUCGUAUAAACAGGUGAAGCGUGUGUGGAAAGAUCCCGCAAAGGAAGCGAAAUUCGUGGAUUCAGCACAUCGAACCGCUAGAAUAUAUCUCGAAGGAAAAAUCUCUCCCAAGUGCUCUGUAAGAUUGCUUUAAGCAGGGUUUAAGUGGGAUAUACAGCGAUUGAUCUUGCAAAUGUAGUGUUAUGGUAGUGUACAUAAUCUAUGAUAGUUGCUUCUACUAAUUGUUAUGGCCGGUGAUUGUUUAGGCCCCCUCCCACUGAAAAUGCACCGCCUUUUAGAUUUAAGUUAGGACAAUUCUAUUGUCAACAAGUACACUAUUAGUAUGUGACUUAUGUGAUACAAAACCACAGCCACAAAUAAGUUCUUUCAAAUAUGAUCUAAUUAAUGACACCAUUUUUAUAUCACAUAAAAGCUAUACUAAUAGAGUAAUUGUUGGUCAGAAACCCAAUAUGCGACGUAUUUCAAAACUCAUGGAAUGUAUGAAAGUAACAUAUAACAUCAUCUUCUAUUAUAGAAAACAUCCAUUGUUCUUGUUCAGGUGUCUGUUAAUUAUAGCUGGUGUGGUCCUCAUGCACCAUCCAUUUCAUUGUUUCCGGCUCACCCACUCAAAUCAUAGAGUGUGAUUAAACAACUAGCAUGAAAGCAGUUGCGCAUUAGCGCAUCCGUUUUCUUGCUCUAUCUUCCACUGAUGUGGCUCAUUAUACUGUCAGUUAUAUACCGCAAAGAGAACAUAUAUAAGUAAUGGUACGAAAUAAUUGUCUGGUAAGCAAAAUCUGCCAUUUUAGGUGACAUCAGCCCCGGAGCAGGAAGAGUGGCACAGAUGAUCAUGAAACAAUCGAGAAAAAACUUUUGGUGAGAAUGAGAUAGCAUGAUCUUAUCGUACAAAAAAGAGGCAGCAUGGUACUACCACCUAGGAUUUCCUAAAACUAAGCCGUUUAACGUGGAACAUGCACUCUGGUGAACAAUAGUUAAGAAAAACAAUAAAAUUUCAGAUCCUGAACUUUCUUGACAAACGUUGCUGAGUAUUUCACCUGUGUGCAAUGUUUCGUGAAGAAAAAACUUUUGUACUGCUCUCGGGAAAUAAUCUGUUUUUCUUUUCUAGACUAUCACGGAUGUCAUUCCAUAUAAAAAAUGUACUGAAGUUCCAUUUUUUGUUUUCCAAAUUAAUCGCUUAAAUUUGGGACUUAUAUUUUGAUGUGGAACAACAAGCAUGGAUAUAUAACAAGUUAUCCGAAACUUGGGGUCACCGAAUUCUAACCGCAAAGGAUUUCGGCUACAAACAACGCUUUGAUUAAAUACAACUAAUUUUGAAGCUGCAUGUAGUCCGCGUUGAAAUCUCUAGAAAGACUUAUAUUUAGGAACGGAGGGAGUAACAUGGUUUGUGCAUGCCUGAGGCUGUUACAUGAUUUGUUUCUUUCCUUCUAUACAAUUAUGAUUUGUUUCUUUCCUUCUAUACAAUUACAUGAUUUGUUUCUUUCCUUCUAUACACAAAUUCUUUCCAUCUAAACUCAUGACAGAAAAUGGCAAGUAAUGAUGUGCGAAGAUAUAAAUAGCCUUGAGUAGGUCAGUCUUACCUCUUACCCUCAACAGGUAAUAGAUCACCCUAGUCAUUAGCCCAUUUCAUCUAUAGCGUUUCUACUCCUCCAAUCCCCUCUCUGGUCCCCAUUCUUUCAUUCCUUUAGAUGGGUAGGAAUUAACCAUAGAUCGGAUCGGCCGGCGCCGUCUUUGCGGCCGGUUUGGACUUUGGACCCAUCGCGAAGAAGCAGAUGGAGGCCAAGAGUGGGUGUCUCGACAACAUCGUGAAGGAGGCCAGGCGCAGGCGCAGGGAGAAGGCCAGGCGAAGGGAAGAAGAGGCAGACAGGAAGCAUUUUACUUAUCGCAUCGAACAGAUGGAGGAGGAUGAGGAGUACGACCGCACAGUUACAAAGCAGAUGCCGCGGCCAAGUAUCGUCAAGUACCAUGAUUUCUUGGGGAAAUUAUAUAUGGGGAUGGGAUAGACUGAUACCAAAAGCGCUUUACAUCUCUUGGCCUGACUAUAGCGCCUACCUUGAAGAGUAUCACCGCCGCAACAUUGCCGUGGUCAGAGACAUGGCUGAUCUCGCUGAGGCUUGUCUCGUCAAGGAGGAGCAGCUCGUGUCCGAGUGGAAGAAGAACCGGAUGACAUCUGGAGAGGAGAUGGUCUUGCCGAUGAGGAAAUCGAUCGUUCUGAGCUGCCUGAUCCACCAGCGUGCACGUUCAGUCAUCGUCUGCGCAUAUCUCGGUGCAGUGUUGGAUGGUGCUUCAAGGUUCAGAAAAUCCACUCUCCGGGAUGAUGUUUCCGGUGCCGCCUUGUUGUGUAUUGCCAAGGAGGAUGACCUGACUUGUGAGUUGCUGAGGCGUGGCGCUGAUCCUACUGAUGAUUACUUGGUCGACCAGGGCAUAGAGAUACGCAUGUGUGCCUUGUGCCUUAUGAACCGCGGUACCUCGGACAAUUUUGUUGCUGCCACCGCUGCCAUGCUGGGUAUGGCAAGGGAGGCCGAAAUGAUGUGCGCGUGGAUGAGCAAAAAUAACAAGCCUGUUGAUUACUAUGAUGAUCUCAUACCUGAUGAGAUAAUGGACAGCCGCAGGAUCCGGUACUAUACCUUGAAUCUUAUGAUUGAGAUACUAGAAGAAUCUUCUGUUGCAGCUGCUGUUGGGCACAAGAUUGAUAAGGAAGAACCUGCCAAUAGAAAUGGUCCUGGUAGUGAUGGGGAUGGCAUUCCUGCUGAUGGAGCAGCAAACAGCACAGGGGGUGGCAUUAAUUCAGAUGCAUUGAAUUCUCAGUCUAAGAAAAAUAUUGAAGGUGGUGAAAAGAGUAAGAGGAAAGAAGAAAGUCUUUUGGAGAAGCUAUGGGGGUGGGAAAGGCUGCUGCCACUGCACGGUUCCGUUAAGUGGUCCGACUAUCGCAGCUAUCUUGAAGAGUAUCAUGAUGAUUCACAAAUUUCCACUUGUGCUGAGAUGUGUGCUGCUGUUGUCAGAUUUUGUGUCGAAAUGGAGGAGGAGCUCCAGUCCAAGUGGAAGAUUCGGGUGCGACUUAGCACGGCCGACACCUUGCCAGUCAGCACUAUCAUUCAGAGCAGCCUUAUCAAGGAGUUUGCACUUUCGAUCUGCGGCAGAGGGGGUGAAUUGUGUGUUCCUUCUGCCAUUGCUUUUGUGUGUAUCACCAAGGAGGCUGACCUGAUGUGUGAGCUGCUGAAGCAUGGCGCUAAGCCUUCUGAUGACAUCGUCCAGCAGAGCAGCGUGAUCCGCGUGUGCGCCUUGGGCAUUGUGAACCACCUCAGACGACACCAACCUGUUGCUCUCGUUGCUGCAAUGGUGGGUAUGGCAAAUGGGGCCACAAAGAUGUGUGAUUGGAUGAAGAGAGAGAACAAGCUUGUCACCUUCAGCUUGUCCGAGCCUAAUGAGCUUGAGGACUGCCGCUUGAUCCGGAUCAAAGCCUUGGAUGUGAUGACCAGCAUACUGCAUGAGCAUUCAUUUCCUUCUUCCAAGAUGCGGAAUGAUGCAGUGGCAUAUGAAUAAGCCAUACAUUUUGAAGUUUCUUUCACCUGGAACACUAUAUAGUUCUUGUUUAAGUAAGUAAAUUUUGUAUGCUUCAGAAAUCUGCCUUCGGCCUACUACUGCUUGGGUUAUGCGUGUCAAUCAAAUUAUACAUCUACAGCAAAAAAGAAAAUCAGUACCAAAGCAUCUACAGCCAACCAGAACGCUCAAAUUACGCAUCUUACGUGUUGUAUGCUCACAUUUGUAGCAGUUAACUUCGGUUUUGUAGGACAACACCUUUGUUUUGAUGUUCUGUUUCAUUUUCUUUCUGUUAUUUCUCUAGUUUCUUCCUUUGUUUAAUGCAAGCUUGCGUUGCGGCUACUGCACAUAAUGUAAGUUCUGUAACCAUGGCAUUUCAAGAAUUGUGUUGAUGUA